GACGGAGGUUUUGAAAUGACGGAGGUAUGGCUGAAUUUACCGAAAUAGAAGAUGAUACCAUCACAAUUGAAACGCUCAAAGCUGCUUCAGGGGAGUUUGAUGUCACCAGCAUCCAUUACUUGGAUCUCAAACAAAAAGGCAUCGUGAAUCUCGGCUGUAUUGGGCAGUGUGACAGCCUCGAAAGAUUGGACGUUUCACGUAACAGUAUUUCAAUUCUGCUUCCACUUAAUAAUCUGAAGCAACUCACUGAUCUAAAUGUAUCAGCAAAUCAAAUCAAAACCUUAGACAUCUUGGGUGAAUGUCGUGAGAUGAACAUGAAGGCAGAAGCAAGUAUUGCAUUGACCAUGGAGUCAAUGAAGAACUAG